AACAGGAGGUGGAACAUGUCCGACAUUCCAGCUGGCUGGGUUCAACGAGAGAGUAGGUCCCGCGGCGGACAGAUUUAUUACUACAAUACCACGACGGGCGAAAGUGUGUGGGAGAAACCAACGGCACCGGCGAGUGCUGAGAGUGGACAGGUACAUGUCCUCCACCUCCUCAAGAAACACAAGGGCUCCCGCCGGCCUUCCUCGUGGCGACAAGAGAACAUCACCUGCACCAAGGAAGAAGCCAUGCAAUCUCUAGCGGCUCAUAAUACCCUUGCUCCAUCUCCCUCCCCUACAGCUUUGCGGGAACAAAUUGUGUCGGCUGGGAGUGCAAGUAUGCAACGAGCAUUCGAAGAUUUGGCCAAGGUAGAGAGCGAUUGUAGCAGUGCCAGGGCCGGCGGAAGCUUAGGGUUCUUUGGAAGGGGUCAAAUGCAGAAGCCUUUCGAGGGCGUCGGUGAACUUAGUGAUCUGAUUUCCACAGAUAGUGGUGUGCACAUCAUUUACCGGGUGGCGUGA